AUGGUACUAAGUGUAGGAAUAAUGUGGUAAGAAUGUUGGGUGAGACAUUAGUCUUUCUAACUUUAGGAAUUUAGUCUUUCUAACUUUUUCUGGGAAUGGAAAAAUUCUUAGAAAUAAUAGCCUAGUCAUUGUGGAUCCAAUCAAAGAAAAAAAUCACAUGAAAACCAAAACAUCACAUUUUUGUGCAUCACACACCUUUUAUUUUAAACUAUGAAUGUAUGAUACUAUUUUCAGUUUACCCUCAUUUGAACAGAAAGUUGUUACUUUUUGCUACUAUUAAAUUAACAGUCCCAUUAAGCCAUUAACUUAACGAUUAAGUACUAUUAAGUCAACAGAUGGCCUGAUUCCAGUACAAAAUGGUAGAUGCUAAAUAUAGCCCAUUUAAUGGUCUAUUUAGCUCGCACCCUCCCAUGCGUGUUAUAUCCACAUGAUCCCAAUUUAACAAGACACAAUUUCAAGAAUUGAUGAUGCAGCCGUAUUUGUCUAAUAUAUUUUUGACUUCACUCUACUUUAAUUUAUUAGGUCUUUUUUUAAUGUGGAUUUUUUCUUCAGUGUUGCUCAUACUGUUUUAUAAACUUGACAUGUUUGCGUGUGCAUGGCAUCAAAUAAAGCUACCCACAGGGCAUAGACGUCAAUUCAACAUCUAUUCCAGGUUGGUUUAACGUAAUUUCAGUGAAAUGGAAACCACGUUGAUUCAACCAGUGUGUGCCCAGUGGGUAACCACUCUUUUCAUAUUUUCUAGGACCAUCAAUGGACCUGCCAAUCAACCUCCACAUCUUUCUCCUCCUCCUUGCCAUCAGUGGAGUUCUUGGAGCGUGCCCAGAUGAAUGCCAGUGCAGAGACUACAAAAUCCUCUGCCAAGGCAGGUCAAUCACAGAGUUUCCCUCCUCAGUGCCUGGCUCCACCACCACCUUCUACAUCUCCAACACCAACAUCACCACUCUCAAACCUGAUGACUUGGCUGAUUUUGCCGAGGCCCUUGGCAUCUUCGUUUUCAAAGACACUGGGAUCAGAGAGGUAUUCCCUGGCACCUUUGACCUCACCCAUAACCUGGGUGCCCUGGGCUUCAUAGGCACCGAGCUGAAUGACCUGCCUGAGGCCCUGUUUCUAAAUUUGGUGAAGCUGGAAUCUCUGACUCUGAGCGGCAACAAGCUCCUGGUGCUUCGCCCCGCCUGGCUUUACUCCCUCGCUGCUCUGAGGACCCUGGACUUCAGCAAGAACCUCAUCACGUCUGUACCAGAAAAGGCCUUUCGCUCUGUCACUCAGCUGGAGCAUCUCACCCUGGCCAGGAACAACAUCAACCAACUCUCCAGGGACACCUUCAGGGGCCUGAGCAAGAUCAAAUCCCUGCGUCUGAACCGGAACGCUCUUAGGGCGAUCCCUGCCGGAGCAUUUGAUGACCUGGUAAACCUGGAGGAGCUCUCUCUGCAGGAUAACGCCAUCACUCAUCUCCCCGCUAACCUGUUCUCCCAGCUGCAGAGCCUACAGAAGCUUUAUCUCUCCAACAACCGGCUAACUUCCCUCCCAGAGGGGAUUCUCCUCAACCUCCCUAACUUGGCCCAGAUCUCCCUGUAUGAGAACGAGCUCCAGAGUCUGUCCCCAGGAGUGUUCGGCCACAUGGCCGUGAGGGAGCUGUGGCUGUAUGACAACAGGCUGACCCGCCUGGAGGACCACACCUUCAGCAACCUGACCCAGCUGCGUCUGCUGGUACUGAGCCGGAACCAGAUCAGCUCUGUGUCUCCCGGGGCCUUCAGUGGACUGGCAGAGCUGGGGGAAGUGUCCCUGCACACCAACCUCCUCACCAGCCUGCAGGAGGGCACCUUCCAGGGUCUGCCCAAGCUGGUAAACAUCUCCCUGGAGCACAACUACAUCCGCUCCCUUCCUGCCAGGCUUCUCCAGGGCCACUCCCACCUUGGCCAGCUGGACCUCCACAACAACUCCCUCCCCAACCUGCCCUCAGAGCUCCUCAGCACCCUCACAGUGGCCAAGGAGGUGCUGCUCGCUGAAAACCCCUGGAAGUGUGACCAGGACAUCGUGCCACUUCGGGACUGGCUGACACGGAACCCCACCAAGGCUAACCUCAGCACUGUGGUGUGCCUCACGCCCUCUGUCUUAAGCGGUGACAGCAUAGCCCAACUGACUGACGAGGAGCUGACGUUGUUCACUCCGACCGCCGUCCCUGAUAUCACCCCGACAGAAAAGAGGAGGAAGCCCCACACCCCCCCUCCCAAGAGGAGCACCCCCUCCCCUGCUGCAGAGGCCACGCCCACCCAGGAGCAGGGGGAGGACACCAGCAGUGGGCAGGGGAACGGAGAGGGUGUGUCCAGGAACAUGCAGAUCAUUAUCAUCGCGGUGGUCUGCACCACCAUCAUCACCAGCCUCAUUGUCUGCUGCGUGUGCUGGAGGAGGAACAAGAGAGGCAGCCGCAACCUUGGCCGCAGGAACAAAAACAACUCUGUCAUCUAGACUGGCCCAGGGGCCUGAGCACCACAUAGGAUAUGUAUUGUGCAGUCAUGCUGAACAUGCCAGAGCAAACAUCCUGAUGCAGUUGUUCCCAAACAUCUUAGCACAGGAACCCAUCAUGUCUCUAUCAAGAACUCAUGACCAAGGACAGACUAGCUGGGGCCUGACCCUUGGGGAACUCUACUCUGAUGGAAUAAGUUGUUCUGAUUGGGAUCCCAUAAUAUUAUUAUUACCCCAUUUUGCAAGUCCCUCUUUAGCAAACUUUCUGUUGUCUGAGGUUUGAACAAUGUUUUGCACAAAGAACCAAAAAGAACAUCUUAUAAACUGUAACAAUAAUCACCUGGAAAUUGCAUGGAUGGUAUGCACAAAAUGCCAUUCUUCUUUCUUUUUAUACUGGUCAAUUUUUUUUUGCAUAUAUACUGAACAAAUGUAAUGUUCAGCAUAUAGUCUUAUCACACACCUGUUGAUUUUCAAGAAGCUCUUUUUUAUGAUUUACUGACUGGAAUUAGGCUGCUUAUUGUGUAAUUUUGAUAUAGUGUAAUCAAUAGAUAAAGGAUGGUUUCAUCUACUUGUAAAUUGUUAUGCUCCACACACAAAUCACAUAAAAUGACUGACUGUUAUAUUAAAUAAAUACACAACAUAGUAGUGAUAUUCUGAAAUGCUCAAGAGACAAGUGUUCAUUGUGUGAUAAAGAGUUGUGUUGAACUGUUGUGUGGGGAUUCCCAUCUUCUUCAGCCGAUAGUAUUUGAUCCAGUUGUAUACCACAAAAAAAAAAUUGACGUUUUAAGCCGGACUACUGGAAUGAGAUGUUAUCACACUAGUCAAAUAUGUAUGCACUCUGAGUAGGCUACACAAAAAAGAUUGAUAAUCAUGUUUAUGCCAAGGGUUCGUGGUGCUGUUGGGAGGGGUUCAGAUUAAGAGCUCUGCCACAACCUUGGCAUCCAGUGUUUGUGUGUGAGGGAGAUUCUGACUGUAUCCUUGGUACAUUCCAUGUGUCUAAAGCACGUUGAUGGUAUAGGCCUACACGUAGAGGUUGAAAUGUAAACCACCCAUCUACCUGAACACACUUAACAAGAUAGAGGAUACAUCGAGUUUUGUUGAUGCUGAGAACGGAAUGUAUAUACAUUUUAAAUAACAUUCUUAGAACAUUCUCUGAACAUUACUAAAGUUUUCUUGUGGUUUUUAUGGAAAGCUUUCUUAAAACCCUUUACACUCAUGGAAAUAUGCCUGUAUGGAUAGGGAUAAAUUGAAAUGUUUCUUACAGAAGAAAUAUGAAAAUCAUUGAGGAACUAGAGCAAGCACACUUGUAGUUGUUUUGUUUCGAACACAACCGUGCAUCCCUACCAUCACACCAUUUCUGUUGUUGUUUAGGCAAUCCAAAAACGGUCCAUUAUAAAUCGUACUCUGGGUCAGGUUGGCAUCAUUUGAAAGCUAGUUCUAUUGCCAACAUGACUAGCUAAAUUAUAAAAUACGAUAUUACAUUUUUAGGCUUCACAAUGAAAUUCGGUGAAACAGAUCAUAAUUUUGGUGCACAUAGAAAGGUGUCGUGGGUGCAGUGUUGUAGUACUCGAGACCACAUAUUGAGUGUCUCGGUCUUGUCUUGGUGUCAGAUACAUUUGUAGCCUACUCGGUCUUGACUCGGUCUCGGACAGUUAGAACUGGUAAUUUCCAGAGACCAGUGGAGUAAAAAAACCUCAUAAUUAUCAGCUUCCAUUCAAUCAGCGCAUAAAACCGCUUCGCCAGGCCAAAUAUAUACAGUGGGGGAAAAAAGUAUUUAGUCAGCCACCAAUUGUGCAAGUUCUCCCACUUAAAAAGAUGAGAGAGGCCUGUAAUUUUCAUCAUAGGUACACGUCAACUAUGACAGACAAAUUGAGAAACAAAAAUCCAGAAAAUCACAUUGUAGGAUUUUUAAUGAAUUUAUUUGCAAAUUAUGGUGGAAAAUAAGUAUUUGGUCACCUACAAACAAGCAAGAUUUCUGGCUCUCACAGACCUGUAACUUCUUCUUUAAGAGGCUCCUCUGUCCUCCACUCGUUGCCUGUGUUAAUGGCACCUGUUUGAACUUGUUAUCAGUAUAAAAGACACCUGUCCACAACCUCAAACAGUCACACUCCAAACUCCACUAUGGCCAAGACCAAAGAGCUGUCAAAGGACACCAGAAACAAAAUUGUAGACCUGCACCAGGCUGGGAAGACUGAAUCUGCAAUAGGUAAGCAGCUUGGUUUGAAGAAAUCAACUGUGGGAGCAAUUAUUAGGAAAUGGAAGACAUACAAGACCACUGAUAAUCUCCCCACGCAAGAUCUCACCCCGUGGGGUCAAAAUGAUCACAAGAACGGUGAGCAAAAAUCCCAUAACCACACGGGGGGACCUAGUGAAUGACCUGCAGAGAGCUGGGACCAAAGUAACAAAGCCUACCAUCAGUAACACACUACGCCGCCAGGGACUCAAAUCCUGCAGUGCCAGACGUGUCCCCCUGCUUAAGCCAGUACAUGUCCAGGCCCGUCUGAAGUUUGCUAGAGUGCAUUUGGAUGAUCCAGAAGAGGAUUGGGAGAAUGUCAUAUGGUCAGAUGAAACCAAAAUAUAACUUUUUGGUAAAAACUCAACUCGUCGUGUUUGGAGGACAAAGAAUGCUGAGUUGCAUCCAAAGAACACCAUACCUACUGUGAAGCAUGGGGGUGGAAACAUCAUGCUUUGUGGCUGUUUUUCUGCAAAGGGACCAGGACGACUGAUCCGUGUAAAGGAAAGAAUGAAUGGGGCCAUGUAUCGUGAGAUUUUGGAGGGAGUUGAAAGUCCAUGUUGCCCAGCGACAGCCCCAAAACAUCACUGCUCUAGAGGAGAUCUGCAUGGAGGAAUGGGCCAAAAUACCAGCAACAGUGUGUGAAAACCUUGUGAAGACUUACAGAAAACGUUUGACCUGUGUCAUUGCCAACAAAGGCUAUAUAACAAAGUAUUGAGAAACUUUUGUUAUUGACCAAAUACUUAUUUUCCACCAUAAUUUGCAAAUAAAUUCAUAAAACUCCUACAAUGUGAUUUUCUGGAUUUUUUUUCCUCAUUUUGUCUGUCACAGUUGACGUGUACCUAUGAUGAAAAUUACAGGCCUCUCUCAUCUUUUUAAGUGGGAGAACUUGCACAAUUGGUGGCUGACUAAAUACUUUUUUUCCCCACUGUACACUCCUUUCUUGAAACAUUAAUAUCUUGACAGCCUUUAUAUCUAUUAUAGACAUGUUUGUGCAGUGGCGAACCUAUUCACCUUCAGUGUGUGACAGGUUCGUGAUUCUGAAAGGACAGCAACCGUAAUACCAUCGCAAAGGGCCAGCAGUGUAGUGAAGGGUAUACGCAGGUACUUUUUCCCCCAGUGUGCAUUACCUAUACUCACUUCUUAAUCCCUACUGAUGCGUAUCAAAGUAGUGUAGUGGAAGUAUACGAUUUGUAGUACAAUAGAGAAAUCAUGCACAAAGUAGCCUACACAAUCGCAAAGCACGUUAAAUAUAUUCACAUGCGCGCCGCAUACUGCCUAGUUUCAGCCGAAUAUAAUCUGCAGGCAGCAAGGGAGUGCAGCUCUCCACUGGUUUUGACAUGGAGCAGCUCACAGAAGACUGACAUCGGUAGCCGGUAGGGUAGGAAAGACAUUUCAAUUCAUGAUAUCUACCAGUAACUGCUAACUAAGGCAACAAUGGGUAUGCAAACCAUGUAUAAAAAAAGUUUAGUCCGAAGUGUUGGUUAGUAGGCUAUUUGUGAUGCGCAAUUGUUAUCAUGUAGCUGUUUGCAUAAGGGGCAUAGACAUGGAUGGGGGCUGGGUGGACAGAGUCCCACCAAUUGGGGAACCAGGCCCUGACAGGCCCACCUAAUCAGAUUGAUGUAGUUUAAGCAUUGUUGUGGAUUUAGACCAUCAAAUGUUUGUGUUUUGUAUAUUUUAAAAAAACGCUGAUUUUGAGAGUGAAAAUCUGAAAAAUCUAUAGGAAAACUCAUUUAAAAAACUUCGGAUUUUUCACACGGUGCCUUUCCUUCGCUGGGCGGGCCGUUUGGGAACAUUUUUGCAAGAUUAGAGUAUACCCACUUCUCCAGGCACCACUACACCACUGCAUAGGGCCGAUGGAAAGACAGCAGUCACACACAGCAUGAUGUUAACCUCUACCGGAUCAGUGUCCCUAAUAAGGGACGGUUGUUGCUCAAUAUGCAAUAUGUGACUAGAAUGGUGUUGUAAACAACAGCCAACUUUCCGGGACAUAGACAUGUCUUAUAUGGGCAGAAAGCUUAAAUUAUUGUUAAUCUAACUGCAGUGUCCAAUUUACAGUAGCUAUUACAGCUAAAGAAAUACCAUGCUAUUGUUUGAGGACAGUGCACAACAACAAAACACUUUAAUCAUGGCAACUGGUUUGGUACAUUCCCCUCUGAAGGUAAAUAAUGUACUUACAUUCAGUAAUCUUGCUCUGAUUUGUCAUCCCGAGGGUCCCAGAGAUAAGAAAAAUUGAAAAAUCAAUUUUUAUAUUCAAAUGUAGGAACUGGGUUCUACAGUUUGAACUCUGACUCCACACCCAUCCCACCCAGCCAUCUAGAUGUGUGAAGGUUAGUGUAUUUUCUGUAGGGAAGCUAAUUAUCCAUCAUUUAUGACAUUCCUGUGAGUGUGCAAACUUAAAUUUUGUAUUACCAUAGCAUUUUUGUAUGUUCUUUAUAGUUAUGUACUUGAAAACCAAUUUGGCAUAUUUAGGAAAACUCCUGGCAGACUUGAUAGGAAAUAUUGUGUAGUGAUGUAAUUCUUCACUGGAUCAGUCUGAAACUUUGCACACACACUGCUGCCAUCUGGUGGACAACAUCUAAAUUACAGCUAGAAUCCUUUAUCACUGUCUGGCCUUUCUCUUGCAUUUCAAAGAUGAUGCAACAAAACACAAAACGCAUGUUUUGUUUGUUUGUAUUAUCUUUUACCUGAUCUAAUGUGUUAUAUUCUCCUACAUUAAUUUCACAUUUCCACGAACUUCAAAGUGUUUCCUUUCAAAUGAUAUCAAGAAUAUGCAUAUCCUUACUUCAGGUCCUGAGCUACAGGCAGUUAGAUUUGGGUAUGUCAUUUUAGGUGAAAAUUGAAAAAAAUGAUAAGCAGUCCAUAAACUCAGAAACAAUAAGACAGUAGGUCCUAAUCAUAAGAAUACAAAAAUACAACUAUUAAGCAUUUCCCAAUCGAAAUGUACAACUAUUACUUCCCAUUGCAAAAAAAACAUUUCACCUUUAGCAGACAAAGUAACCCGUGACCUAAAGUUUAAAGUGGAACUGACAGCGUUUUAACUACUUUGCAGAUAUGAAACAAACAAACAGACAAUCAUAAUAUCAGUCAGAAAUAUCAAAUUCCCAGUUUAUGCCUCAAAACUAACUUUAUAAGAGGUUUUAAAAAUAUGUUCUAUUUGACUCAACUUUCCAUGACGUACACUAAGGCAUUGUUGACAGAAUAGAUGGAUGCAAUUAAAUGCAUGAUUAAUAUAAUUCACCUAUACAUUUCUUGGUAGUCCAAAAUAUAUUGCUAUCAGGUUGUAAAUCACAGCUGGUCUGGUACAUUGUUUGCUGCCUCCAUUCUGGACAAAAACUGACAAAUGUAAUUAACGCUGGGAAUGUCAAUACAAUCAAACUAGCAAGGGCAAAGAUCACAAGUCAUUCAUAAUGUGGCUAAUAGGCUAGCGUAUCUAUUUAUGUAGCAAGCUAAAAACACAGAGCCUAACAUUAGCUAGCUAGCUAGCUGCUAGGAGGAUGUCAUAUCAUGCCAUUGGAGGAGUGGGUGAGUAGCUGACUUUUUUCCUUCAUAUCGUUUUUUCAGUGGCUAUACGCAGCUCGAGAUGCAAGUGUCAUUUAGAUAGCUAGCGUAGAAUCCCGUAUUAUCGGCAUAUUCAACAGCGUUUAAGAAAUAUAUUACCUUCAACAGUGUUAUCUUGUGAUCAAGCCUUCAAUGUUUUGUGAUUAUUGGUGUCGUAAAAAUGUUAGCUAACGGUUUAGCAAUUAGCAAGUUUGACAUUUCAUUUGAAAUAUUACUGUUAUCUGCUUUUGAUAAGCGGUUUAGCAAAAAAAUACGUCCCGUAUUAUCUGUAUACGGCCCCCAGUUAUUGGGCACCUUACUAUUUUGUUCAAUUACAAGAUAUAUCCGUUUGAUUUUGUUGAAAAAAGAGACACCAACCACGUAGCCGAAGUGUUUACUAGAUAGUUGACUAGUUGGCUAGUCUUCCGGUAAAAAAUAAUGAUUUGCCUGUCAACUUUUCAUUGCGUAGCCCGGUGCGCCCUCUUGUGGACUCUUAAAAAAUUGGUUCUUCACCAACAUAUUCAGUGUUGUAACCAAAUGAAAUAUGAGUAUUAAUAAUUUACAUCAAAUACACUUUAAUUUCAGUUAUGUGCAUUAACAUAAAACAAUGAAAACAGUGUUGGAGUUUGUGUUGCAGAGGUGCACUUGGAAAGUAAAGGAAGAAAUACACAAGAUGGGUUCAAUAAAUAUAUAUAUUAUAUUUUAGACAUUUAUUUUUUUGAACAAAUAAAUAAUUUCAUAUGAACACAAACAAAACAAACAAUUAAAUCUCGACCUCCAUCCCUAUAUUGUCACAAAAAUCACAAUAAAAAUCCAGCUCCACCGCUACCUCUUGAUCCCACUGCACACACCUGCAGUGGAACCAGUGCUGGCAAAAGUCACAGCACACCCAUGGCACCUCGGAUCUACACUCCUGAGAGGAGCUUGCAGGCGGAUCACGCUCCCCGCAGCGAGCACAGCAGGUGGUGUCUUCUUUUAUAAAAAAUUAAAUAAUAAUACAAAUUGAUUAAUAUGGUUUUGCAAAAUGUAGAAGUUCUUCAACAACAAUAGUAAUUGAUACAACUGAGAGAGCGAGAAAAACAGAUUAUGAAGUACCUGAGAGUGGUGCCAUGGGUGGUGUGACAGAUGUGACCGGUGUAGCUUUUCUCUUCCUUUUCUGUGCUGCAGUUUGAGAAAAAGUAGUGUUAGACAGAGCAUGUUGCAUGAAAACCCUUUUCAACUUUUUUACAUCAAUACCUCUGGAGGAAGCUGCAGAGGUUUUGGAGGAGGCGGAGAUGACUUGAGGGCUGGUGCUAUGUACUGUAGAUAUAUAAAGAUAUAUUUUUUUAUUUUUACAUUGCUGUUUUAUAAAACAGAUAACAAACAGUCAUUUUUUCGUAAUUUAACAUGUGUUUACCUGUGGAGGUGGUGGUAUUCAAAUUGCAGGGGGCAGGGACACCAGACGAGGCUGCUAUGGUGGUGUGACCAGGGGAGACGGAGGAGGCAGUUGGUCCAGAGGAGGCCGUGUUGGUGGUGACAGACAUGGGGGGUGGUGUGCAUUGGGGUGGUGGUGGACAAAACCGCCGACGAUGGCUUGGAGGAGCUGGUGUUUGUAAUGGUGGGGUUGAGGGGCCGACGAUGGUGUGGCCGGGAGAGUAGGCAUGUGGCCUUCUUCUGCAGCUGGGGACUCCGGCGGCUCCUACAGGUGUUGCACACUGGGAGGCACUGGCAGUGGUGAUGCAGCUGUCAGGAGUGGUUCCAGCAGGGGGUCCAGCAGAGGCGAUGGCGUCAAUGGUCUCAUCCAUGGCAGCCCUCUCCUGUGCCCUCUGUGUUCUGAGGGCUGCCCGACGCUCUUUCUCCUCUGCCCCGGCCCUCUCCUUCUCACCCCUCUCCUGCCACUGGCGCGUGUAUUCCUCCCCGGUGAGGCAUGUGGCGACCACAGGGAGUCUUCUGUAUCGGUCCAGCCGAUACUUCAGGACAGUAAGGAUGUGCCCCAGGUCCUUCGCUAUCAGCCCCCCCUCUAUUAGGGGAUGCUCUUCUAGAGCUAGGGAUAGGACUGGAGCAGCGGCUGGGACUGGGGCAGGGGCUGAGGGUCCUCCUGUGGUCGCUGGGGAGGAGGUGCUGAUGGAUGGCACAGUGCUGCUGGUUCCAGUAGAGGCGGUGUUGGGACCCGGUAGGGUCCGAGACGGCAUUAAACGGGACCCUUCAAUGGCUGAAGGGUCAAAAGGGAAGAUGCCACACUUCUUAAACCCUUCCACCACAUAGCGCAUGUCCUUGCAUCGCUGGUACGGGUAGCGGAAUACUCUGGCAAAUUCUGAUUUGUUUACCAUGUAGGAGUGGUCAAAAUGGCUAAGGUCUCCAGCUACCUUGGAGAACUCAGCCUUUAAAGGGCCAAAGUAUGCCACGUCCAGCGGCUGCAGGACAUGGGUGCAGUGUGGUGGAAGACAAAGAAGUAUAACCCCUUCCCUUAGUGCCACCGCGAGCACUUCCGGGUCCAUGUGGCUCUUGUGCUCAUCGAAGAGGAGAAGGAGAGGGCGCUCUUUCACUGCAUACUUAAUGAAGUGCUGAAACCACUUCCUGAACAGGUCCCCGUCAAUGUAGCCACUGCUUGACCGUCCAUACAAGGCUUGGGGGGGGCCUCCCAGUGUGUAGUGGCCACCGGGGAAACACUUGGGGUAGAUGAUAAACGGGGGGACGUCCUCCCCAGUUGCGUUGAAGCAGGCCAGCACUGUGAUGUGCUCCUUGGUCCCCGGAGCCUGCUGAUACACGUGUUUUGCGCCCCGGGGAGCCAGCACUUUGUGCCUGCUCUGGUCGCUACGAAACCCAGACUCAUCGCAGUUAUAUAUUUGUCUGGGUUUCUCCCUCAACCCACUCUCCUCCAAGUGCUUCUCAUAAGAAGUGAAGAAGGUGUCCAUCGUCGGAUGUGUGGCACACUCAGCUCUCCCCCUAUCCAGGGUGUCCGGCCUCCUCAUGCUAAGGUUCUUGUGCCUCCUCCUGAACAUUUCCCACCACCUCUUCCCCAGUGGUGGGAUUGUUUCCCCUGGGUGCCGAAACCUACAAUAGAAUAGAAUAUAUAAUUGUCCAUCCAGGAUGAAAAUGUUUGUUUUGGCAUCACCAUACACAUCCACAUUUACAUCACACACAUUGAGAACAGUCAGUCCACCAAUCUACAUACAUAAACACAUAGAACACCAAAUACCUGCGUAUUUUGUUGGCGUAUUUCAUCAGCCUCUGUCUGGUGAAGGGAAACCCAAGGCUGGCGCAGUAGAUACAGUACUGCACCAGAGACUUUUCAUCCUCUGGUGCAAGCAAUGUGGGUGGUCCACUGCGACAACCAUGGGUCACCCGGCCGCUCAGCCUGUCCGCCAGGGUCUGCCGAGGUACACCAUGCACCUUGGUAGAUAAGAAAAGAAAACUGUUACUAGCAGAUACAAUUCACAUACACAUGGUAAUCUCCUAAAAACAAAAGAUGCCUAACCUUGGCAGCCUGGCGGAUAGCCAUCCCUGCCCCGCAGUCCUCCAUGGUAUGGCACAUGUCCACCUCACUCCACUGCUUCCUCUUGACUUUCUCCAUGCUGCAGUGGUAAAUACAUGUAGCUAAAUAACUUGGCAUACUAUACACAUUUUAGAAAGAUAACUCAAUCUGAAUAUGUAUAAACAUUUACAUUUCAAAGCUAAGGCAUUGAAAGGUGAUGAAAGUUUUCACAAUAACUGAAAGUGUACCCACGUUUUUUGUUUGAUGUUAUCUGUAAUGAAAAUUAGUGUCCCAAUUAGUGUAAUAUUGAUGCAUACAUUGUACCAUUUAACUAAAUACUGCCUCUAUGUAGCUGUUGUAAGAUGAAACAUAGCCAACAGUGAUAGGUGUCGAAAAGUUCAUGGUUCAAAGUUCCAAAUACAUUUUUGCAGAUUGUGCAAAACGCCUCCGUCAGAGGACUCCAAUUUUGAUACGGUAAAGCUUGACAACAUGCAGCUGUUUUCGUGAUAUGUAUUAUCUAACACUUACAAUUUCUUUCCUUUUUGCUUACUUAGCAGUUCUAUCAACAUUUAGCAACUAAGAUAGCAACAUUAGAAAAUCCGUUAGCUAUAUUUCAGAGGUAAAAAGUUGGAUAUUAAAUUAGGUGUGGUCUGUCGCGCAGUCGAAUUUUACAAUAUGCAGCGUGUUCCACAAAAUGUGUACAUAUAACUUUUUUGAAAACUCUCAAAACCUAACUUAACUUACAUAAAUUGCACUGAAAAUCGGUGGUCAGCUAGCUAAAAGGGUGUCGUUAGUCACAAAACUUACCGUUAUUUUUCAGUCCAUUUAAGUCGAGGUGAUUCAGUCCUCCAACCGCUAGAGAGUGUCCGAGGUCAGGGGGUGUCUGAUGUUUGGGGAAAAUUAGCUAGCAAGAACUUCAACGACUAUUAUCUAGUUAGCAUAUCUCUUGCGUUCGCAAAUUCACUCUGGCUAUCUACUCCGAUUUCAGAGCACUCUCGUCUGAGUGUGCCAGAGCACAGAACAACUGUAAACAGCCUAAACAGCUUUGCUACUGCGAGUAAAAUGGUCAGAGUGAGGUGUUCUCUAAUUUGUCUUUGGAAGUAGCAAACUAGCCAACUUUAGCCAGUUAGCUUGCGUGCUUGGUUGGGAAAAUCAUGCAUUGGCAGGCAAGCUUCAGAAGGACGAGGAGGCUACAAUUCCCCAUCGUUUAUCAGUACAAUUUUGACAGCCAACUAGCUGAAGAAGUUUGACAGGUUUUAUCUAAUGUUCCUUCGUUAGAUUUGAGCUAAUCUUACUCUGGCUAGCAUUAGUUGUUGAUGUUUAUAACUGAGGGAGAGAGAGCCUACCUUUUCAUGGUUGUUUGAUCAAUAGGACUAUAAAGUUCCCAAAUGUAAGAGGACUCCCGUGGUGUUUACAUAUUUGCAGAAAUCCAUUCAGGUGUAUUUUGUGGCUUUUGGCAAAUGCGUUCUAAUGAUCUAAUGUCACGCUGUCCUACUGCCUGUAAACACACAGUCCAGUUCAAAGUGAAUGAUGGCAGGCCCGUAUUUACAUUUUAGUCAUUUAGCAGACGCUCUUAUCCAGAGCGACUUACAGUUAGUGAGUGCAUACAUUUUCAUACUGCCCCCCCCGUGGGAAACGAACCCACAACCCUGGUGUUGCAAGCGCCAUGCUCUACCAACUGAGCUACAGGGGACUAGCUAUCCAAGUCAACCAUUGGCUAGGCCAUCAGAAGCUAGAUAAAGCCAUCUGCCAUUAACUGUAUUAGGGCAACAUUUUGGAGUGACAGUGGAAUCAACCAAUCACAUUUGUUUCAAAUCAAAUCGAAUUUUAUUUGCCACAUGCGCCGAAUGCAACAGGUGUAGACAUUACAGUGAAAUGCUUACUUACAAGCCCUUAAACAACAAUGCCGUUUUUAAGAAAAGAAAAAAAAAGUGUUAAGUAAAAAAUAGAUAAGUAAAAAAUAGCAAAUAAUGAAAGAGCAGCAGUAAAAUAAGAUAACAGUAGGGAGGCUAUAUACAGGGGGUACUGGUACAGAGGGAAUAGGCCCAAAUCACUAGUGUUUAUUAUGGAAAAAGAUAUAGACCAUAUUCUUUUUCUGCCUACAUUGGCCUUUUGAAGACCAUUCUCGUUUAACAAAAUUGAUGGAUUGAAUAAUAACAUUAUUAUAUUGUAGCCUACAAACACACAAAACAUUUGAAUAUUGAAUAGAAUCUAGUGAUUCACAUAGUAAAAUGUAUAAUGUAUUAGCAGCAAUAUAACAAUAUUUAUGUUGCAUAAGGUCGAUCCUCUUCUAUGGGGAAAAUUGUGAAACUGAAUGUUUGACUAAAGAGCUGGAAUCCACUGGCUUCAAUUAAUGCAGUGCCCUACAUUUGAUUGCGCUUAUAGUAUUUUGGAGGGUAAGAGAGGUGCAGACUGUAGAGUGGUGUUACUAAGUGGUGGUGAAGGACACAAGGCUCAAUUCAAACAGACAAGAUACAGGACGUAAACAAUUAAACAAACUCACAACUAUACACAAUUGCAAGAGAGCUGGAUGGACUUAGUCUCUUUUUAGUUUGAGGUUUGAGGCUUUAAAUCUUGAAUAAUACACAUUUGGGGUUUUCUUUCAAAUGAAGCAUACAAGCUUUCAGUGAACUUUCUGCUGGUAAAGGAAGACAUAACCACCUAAAGGCUACUUUCCUAAAUAAAUUAAACAAACUCUACUACUAAUUCAUAAACCUGCUAGUUCAUGAAGAAAAUAUGUCCAUUCAUCAUUAUUCAUUCUCUGAACCAAUCCGCUACACUUAGAGAAGAAUAAUGACCCCGGCUGCAUGUGACUUUCUGGAGCGGUACAAUACAAAAUGAUGCAUUGUUUAGAUCAUACCAGUGACCUUUGACACAGUGCUACUGUAUUCUGUAUCUCAUAGUGCGUUCUGGAACUCACUGAAUCACUGAUCAUGGCAUAACCAACCAAAGAACGCAUACACAUUUCAACUGAACAUUAACAUGACAAAACAGAAACCAUAGCUACUGUAAUUGAACCUAUAUGGACACAUACUGUGUAAUAGCCUAAGUGAUUAUUAGAAAAUAAGGAAUAAAGAAUACAGUACUAAAGCAUACAUAACACCACUGCCAUUAGCUUCAGAGUUCUAGUAUAGCCCACAAUGUGUGUUCUAUGGGCUCACAGCUCUGUUCCUUAUCUCUGACAGCAGAGGGUUCUCUAGCCACGCCUCAUGUUGCCUCCAGUAGGCACCUAGCACACUGGAAGCCUGCUGUGCUUAUUAUAUUGACAAGAUACUUGAGUGACCACUCUAACAAUGGAAGUAAUGUCCUCAAAGAUGGAAGCACUGUACUGUUUUUGAUGGAAGGCAGGCGGGAGGAGGCAAGAUCAGGUGGGACCAUUCUAGCCAAUGAGAGGGCAGAUACGCGUGUGAACAACAGGCACAACGCCAAUAUAAAGUUGUUUUAUUCAAAUGUUGCCAAAAUGCCAAGUACAUCCACUUAAUCAGUGCAUUCGUAACAACCUUACCAUUACGAAAUUUAUAUUUGAUAAAAUAAGCCUCACAUAGCAAAUUAGCAAUUACAUUUUAUGUUGGCCAAAUUUGACACUCUCAUUGACCCUCAUUGACAAUAUAUAUAUAUAUAUAUAUAUAUAUAUAUAUAUAUAUAUAUAUAUAUAUAUAUAUAUAUAUAUAUUCAUGGACAGAUUUUGGGCCAAGUAAACUCUCUACAAAACUGUGUGUUUGCCUGACUCUCUCUAUAACUGUCCUAAUCGCCUCUCUCAGUUAUAAGCCUCAAGACAAGAGGAAAUAAUCAGGAUUAGCUGUUUUCUUUCAUGUCGGACAGCAUUAUUUUAUUUUUUAGUCAUUUAGCAGACACUCUUAUCAUGAGCGAAUAACAGUUAAGUGAGUGCAUACAUUUUCAUACUGGCCCCCUGUGGGAAACGGACCCACAACCCUGGCGUUGCAAGCGCCAUGCUCUACCAACUGAGCUACAGGGGACUACCUUAGCGUUAAACGGCUCCAGUGUCAUUGCUCUGCUUAUCGUUUUGCUGCAGGUUUCACUUUAGAGAUCCCCUUUCUUUGUGAAUCAAUAAUACUUUAGAAUAUAUCAAGUUAAUUACAAUAUCAAAACGAAAUCUUUCCAUAAAAAGUUAUACAUAUUUUCAGGAAAAAUGGCUAGAGGACACAUCUUCAUCUGUCUUCUGCCUUUGCUGUUUGGGUAUUAGUCUCAGUCCUGUGAGAAGGAGACUGACUGCCCCAAAGAGAACCAGGAUGUUGAUGGCAAGGAUGUAACACAGAUCCCGGUAACUCUUAAAGCAGGUGCCACAGAGGUCUUCUUUGUGGAUGGUCAAAUCACUGUCAUCACAAAGGGGGCCUUCACCACCAACCCCCAGCUGGAAUAGGAGGAGUUCAUCAACACCCCCACUGUCUCCAUAGAGACCGGUGCCUUCAAGGGAUUGGUCGACCUCAAGCACAUUGAGAUCUCCAGUAUCCCACUAACAUCUGUGUCUGUAGGUGUUUUCCAAGACCUGCUGCACAACCUGGAAAAACUUCUGCUGAAACUCAACCAGAUCUGUAGUCUGGACAUAAGACUGUUUGAUGGCCUUAAAAACUUUCAGAUCCUCCAUCUGGCCAAAAAACACCUACGUUCAGUGGCCUCUGCUCUGUUCUCAAAGCUGCACAAACUGCAGGUACUGAGAAUCUAUGACAACCAGCUGACCGCCGUUCCGGACGGGAUAUUAGAAAAUCUACCCAAAUAUGAAGGAGAUCACUCUACAGGGUAACAAUACCACUACAAUACCACCCAUACAGUACCAGUCAAAUGUUAGGACACACCUACUCAUUCCAGGGUUUUUCUUUAUUUUUACUAUUUUCUACAUUGUAGAAUAAUAGUGAAGACAUCAAAACUAUGAAAUAACACAUAGGGAAUCAUGUAGUAACCUGUCACGAUCGUGACAUAACCAAAAAAGUGUUAAACAAAUCAAAGGCCACCCUUUGACUUGAUGACAGCGUUGCACACUCUUGGCAUUCUCUCAACCAGCUUCAUGAGGUAGUCACCUGGAAUGCAUUUAAAUUAACAGGUGUGCCUUGUUAAAAGUUAAUUUAUGGAAUUUCUUUCAUCUUAAUGCGUUUGAGCCAAUCAGUUGUGUUGUGACAAGGUAGGGGGGGUAUACAGAAGAUAGCCCUAUUUGGUAAAAGACCAAGUCCAUAUUAUGGCAAGAACAGCUCAAAAAAGCAAAUAGAAAUGACAGUCCAUCAUUACUUUAAGAAAUGAAGGUCAAUCAAUCCGGAAAUUUCAAGAACUUUGAAAGUUUCUUCAAGUGCAGUCGUAAAAACCAUCAAAUGCUAUGAUGAAACUGGCUCUCAUGAGAACCGCCACAGGAAGGAAGACCCAGAGUUACUUCUGCUGCAGAGGAUAAGUUCAUUAGAGUUACCAGCCUCAGAACUUGCAGCCCAAAUAAAUGCUUCACAGAGUUCAAGUCACAGACACAUCUCAACAUCAACUGUUCAGAGGAGACUGCGUGAAUCAGGCCUUCAUGGUCGAAUUGUUGCGAAGAAACCACUACUAAAGGACACCAAUAAGAAGAAGAGACUUGCUUGGGACAAGAAACAUGAGCAAUGGACAUUAGACCGGUGGAAAUCUGUCCUUUGGUCUGAGGAGUCCAAAUUUGAGAUAUUUGGUUCCAACCGCCGUGUCUUUGUGAGACGCAGAGUAGGUGAACGGAUGAUCUCUGCAUGUGUAGUUCCCACCGUGAAGCAUGGAGGAGGAGGUGUGGUGGUGUGCGGGUGCUUUGCUGGUGACACUGUCAGUAAUUUAUUUAGAAUUCAAGGCACACUUAACCAGCAUGGCUACUUAACCAGUAAGGGCUAUUUGACCAAGAAGGAGAGCGAUGGAGUGCUGCAUCAGCAUUACAGGGCACCUCAGGAAUUUUGAUAGUGCACAGGGCUGUGGGGGAGAAGGUUGUGGGUUCACAGACCACCAUGGACAAGAGCAGGGGUAGAUAGAUCUACUUUAUAGUAAAAGCAUUGCAUGAAUCGAUCAUCGUAUUUGCAGGUCUGAGAAAAAAUUGUAUUUUAUGAAAAUGUCAUGCAAUUCUACAUCAUUUGACAAUUACAGGCUAAUAAUGGACAGAGAGAUACGCCUACGUGUUCAUUUUAUAUGUUCUCUAAUGCCAAAUCAGUGUGUCUUGUUUGCUACGAAACUGUCCCUGUUUGCAAAUAAUUAAAUCUGAUUACCAAAAUUACAGGCUAAUAAUGGACAGAGAGAUACGCCUACGUGUUCAUUUUAUAUGUUCUCUAAUGCCAAAUCAGUGUGUCUUGUUUGCUACGAAACUGUCCCUGUUUGCAAAUAAUUAAAUCUGAGAUUAGGAAUCUGAGCAUGGUCCUCUGUAGCUCAAUUGGUAGAGCAUGGCGCUUGUAACGCCAGAGUUGUGGGUUUGAUCCCCGGGAACACCCAUACUUAAAAAUGUGUGCACACAUUACUAUAAAUCGCUUUGGAUAAACGUGUCUGCUAAAUGGCAUAUUAUAUUAUUAUACUUUCAAAAGUUUCACCGCAGACAGUAGGCCUACCGACGCAGAAAAAUGUAAGCUUCAACUGCUGGCUACUCUCCUUCCAUGGCUUAACCCAACGAGAAAAGGUCACAAGUGUUUCCCUAAAAGCUGUCUAGGUUUAAACAUCUUCUAUUGUACAGAAAGUGAAUAGUUUAAUCAAUUGAUAGUGACAGAACUAGAUUACUUCCCAAGCAAAGUCAAUGUUUUGUCUCCUCGGCCAUAGAAGGUUGUAGCUCAGCAUCUGAAUGUCAAAUAAAUGAAACAAUGAUAUCCCCAUAUGCAUUGGAGUCAUGUCUUUCCCUGGUAUUUUACAGCUUGUUUCUAGCUGAAGCAUUGCGGACCAAACUUGCUGUUAUAUAAGUAUCACUUUAUAUAAUUGGAUCUGUUUUAUUUUCUUCAAAAUCUUAAACUAACAAUGGGUAGGUCUGUGCUUUUUCUCUUUAAUAAAAGGUAGGCCUAUGGCCUUCACUGACACGGAGGUAGGCUAUUUAAAGAGUGCAUGGUGGGUGGAGGAAUUGGCCGACAUAUAGCAGUUUAUGGCCUAAUUUAAUCUGUCAAACAGUUAAGCCUACCUCUUAUUUCUUAAAUAGGAAGAAAUAGGCUCCAACACAAAGCGUUCUUGUUGUUAGUAAAGUCUAAUUAAAAUUAAGAUGGUUGAAAUUAAUUAUGCCUACUCGAAUUUGCCUACUUUCAGCACCAUGAGCUGUCCAUUUCCGAUUGAUUGUGCUGUGACUGCUGCUUUAAGUUUCAGAACCACAAUGUAAAUGACUAGAAUCUGGCUUAUUGUGAGGUCAAUAACUCUGAUAAAUACAUCAUGGGCAAGAAACAUAUUGUUUAUUAAAAUCAAUUAUGGUAGUAGCUAUCAAUGUUGACCUCUUCAUCUUCACACUCUCCUUCUCAAACCUAACAGAACAUACAGUGCAUUGGGAAAGUAUUCAGACCCCUUGACUUUUUCCACAUUUUGUUAAGUUACAGCCGCCUUCUAAAAUUGAUUAAAUUGUUUUUUUCCCACCGCAUCAAUCUACACACAAUACCCAAAACCGUUUAUUUUUUAUUUUUGCAAAUUCAUUAAAAAUGAAACUGAAAUAUCACAAACCAAGCCAUGAGGUCGAAAGUAAUUGUCCAUAGAGCUCCGAGACAGAAUUGUGUCGAGGCACAGAUCUGGGGAAGGGUACCAAAACAUGUCUGCAGCAUUGAAGGUCCCCAAGAACACAGCGGCCUCCAUCAUUCUUUAUUGGAAGAAGUUUGGAACCACCAAGACGCUUCCUAGAGCUGGCCGCCCGGCCAAACUGAGCAAUCGGGGGAGAAGGGCCUUGGUCAGGGAGGUGACCAAGAACCCGAUGGUCACUCUGACAGAGCUCCAGAGUUCCUCUCUGGACAUGGGAGAACCUUCCAGAAGGACAACCAUCUCUGCAGCACUCCACCAAUCAGGCCUUUAUGGUAGAGUGGCCAGACGGAAGCCACUCCUCAGCAAAAGGCACAUGACAGCCCGCUUGGAGUUUGCCAAAAGGCACUUAAAGGACUCUCAGACUAUGAGAAACAAGAUUCUCUGGUCUGAUGAAACCAAGAUUGAACUCUUUGGCAGGUGUCACAUCUGGAGGAAAUCUGGCACCAUCCCUACGGUGAAGCAUGGUGGUGGCAGCAUCAUGCUGUGGGGAUGUUUUUCAGCGGCAGGGACUGGGAGACUAUUCAGGAUCAAGGGAAAGAUGAACGGAGCAGUACAGAGAGAUCCUUGAUGAAAACCUACUCCCGAGCGCUCAGGACCUGACUGGGGAGAAGGUUCACCUUCCAACAGGACAACGACCCUAAGCACACAGCCAAGACGACGCAGGAGUGGCUUCGGGACAAGUCUCUGAAUGUCCUUGAGUGGCCCAGCCAGAGCCCAGACUUGAACCCGAUUGAACAUCUCUGGAGAGACCUGAAAAAUAGCUGUGCAGUGCCGCUCCCCUUCCAACCUGACAGAGCUUGAGAGGAUCUGCAGAGAAUAAUGGGUGAAACUCCCCAAAUACAGGUGUGCCAAAAUUGUAGCAUCAUACCCAAGAAGACUCGAGGCAGUAAACGCUGCCAAAGAUGCUUCAACAAAGUACUGAUUAAAGGGUCUGAAUACUUAUGUAAAUGUGAUUAUUAUUUAUUUAUUUGGCAAACAUUUCAAAAAAUCUGUUUUUGCUUUGUCAUUAUGGGGUAUUGUGAGUAGAUUGAUGAGGGGAAAAAAAAACAAUUUAAUCCAUUUUAGAAUAACGCUGUAAAGUAACAAAAUGUGGAAAAAGUAAAGGGGUCUGAAUACUUUCCGAAUGCACUGUAUAUCAUUUCCUGAUCUUUCUUAUAUCCGUCAGAUAUAGGACAGACACUUUAAAACAAACUUCCGUUUGAUUUAUUUUCUGACUAUCUGUUUUUCCAUGUAUGAAUCUGUUUCUAUGGGCAAAUAGCGGCGAGGAAAAAUUAAAUGUUAUAUCAAAUUAUUAUUUUUAUAUAUUUUUUUUCUACGUAAAGUGGUCCUAAAAUUCCAAAUCAAAUACCUAACUGAUCCUUGGUAUGACCAUCUUAAAACAAUUCCAUAAGUUAGCUUGGUCAAUACACCCAGUCACUACAAAUAUACAGUUGAAGUCGGAAGUUUACAUACACUGAGGUUGGAGUCAUUAAAACUAGUUUUUCAACCACUCCACAAAUGUCUUGUUAACAAACUAUAGUUUUGACAAGUCGGUUAGGACAUCUACUUUGUGCAUGACACAAGUAAUUUUUCCAACAAUUUUUUACAGACAGAUUAUUUCCCUUAUAAUUCACUGUAUCACAAUUCCAGUGGGUCAGAAGUUUACAUACACUAAAUUGACUGUGCCUUUAAACAGCUUGGAAAAUUACAGAAAAUGAUGUCAAGGCUUUAGAAGCUUCUGAUAGGCUAAUUUACAUCAUUUGAGUCAAUUGGAUGUGUACCUGUGGAUGUAUUUCAAGGACUACCUUCAAACUCAGUGCCUCAUUGCUUGACAUCAUUGGAAAAUCAAAAGAUAUCAGCCAAGACCUCAGACAUUUUUUUGUAGAACUCCACAAGUCUGGUUCAUCCUUGGGAGCAAUUUCCAAAUGCCUGAAGGUAUCAAGUUCAUCUGUACAAACAAAGGUACGCAAGGAUAAACACCAUGGGACCACGCAACCAUCAUACCGCUCAGGAAGGAGAUGCAUUCUGUCUCCUAGAGAUGAACGUACUUUGGUGCGAAAAGUGCAAAUCAAUCCCAGAACAACAGCAAAGGACCUUGUGAAGAUGCUGGAGGACACAGGUACAAAAGUAUCUAUAUCCACAGUACAACGAGUCCUAUAUCGACAUAACCUGAAAGGCCGCUCAGCAAGGAAGAAGCCACUGCUCCAAAACCGCCAUAAAAAAGCCAGACUACGGUUUGCAAAUGCACAUGGGGACAAAGAUCGUACUUUUUGGAGAAAUGUCCUCUGGUCUGAUGAAACAAAAAUAGAACUGUUUGGCCAUACUGACCAUCAUUAUUUUGGAGGAAAAAGGGGAGAGCUUGCAAGCCGAAGAACACCAUCCCAACCGUGAAGCACGCGGGUGGCAGCAUCAUGCUGUGGGGGUGCUUUGCUGCAGGAGGGACUGGUGCACUUCACAAAAUAGAUGGCAUCAUGAGGAAGGAGAGUUAUGUGGAUAUAUUGAAGCAACAUCUCAAGACAUCAGUCAGGAAGUUAAAGCUUGGUCGCAAAUGGGUCUUCCAAAUGGACGAUGACCCCAAGCAUACUUCCAAAGUUGUGGCAAAAUGGCUUAAGGACAACAAAGUCAAGGUAUUGCAGUGGCCAUCACAAAGCCCUGACCUCAAUCCUAUAGACAAUGUGUGUGGGCAGAACUGAAAAAGCGUGUGCGAGCAAGGAGGCCUACAAACCUGACUCAGUUACACCAGCUCUGUCAGGAGGAAUGGGCCAAAAUUCACCCAACUUAUUGUGGGAAGCUUGUGGAAGGCUACCCGAACCGUUUGACCCAAGUUAAACAAUUUAAAGGCAAUGCUACCAAAUACUAAUUGAGUGUAUGUAAACUUCUGACCCACUGGGAAUGUGAUGAAAAAAAUAAAAGCUGAAAUAAAUAAUUCUCUCUACUAUUAUUCUGACAUUUCACAUUCUUAAAAUAAAGUGGUGAUCCUAACUGACCUAAAACAGGAAAUUUUUACUAGGAUUAAAUGUCAGGAAUUGUGAAAAACUGAGUUUGAAUGUAUUUGGCUAAGGUGUAUGUAAACUUCCGAAUUCAACUGUACUGUACAGGCGUCCUUCCUAACUCAGUUCCGGGAGAGGAAGGAAACCGCUCAAGGAUUUCAACAUGAGGCCAAUAGUGACUUUAAAACAGUUAAAGAGUUUAAUGGCUGUGAUAGGAGAAAGGAUCAACAACAUUGUACAGUGCCUUGCAAAAGUAUUCGUCCCCCUUGCCGUUUUUCCUAUUUUGUUGCAUUACAACCUGUAAUUUAAAUGUAUUUUUAUUUGGAUUUCAUGUAAUGGACACACACAAAAUAGUCCAAAUUGGUGAAGUAAAAAAUAAAUAAAUAACUUGUUUCAAAAAAGUAUACAAAAUAUAUAACGGAAAAGUAGUGUGUGCAUAUGUAUUCACCACCUUUGCUAUGAAGCCCCUAAAUAAGAUCUGGUGCAACCAAUUACCUUCAGAAGUCACAUAAUUAGUUAAAUAAAGUCCACCUGUGUGCAAUCUAUUUGUCACAUGAUCUGUCACAUGAUCUCAGUAUAUAUAUACACCUGUUCUGAAAGGCACCAGAGUCUGCAACACCACUAAGCAAGGGACACCACCAAGCAAGCGGCACCAUGAAGACCAAAGAGCUCUCCAAACAGGUCAGGUACAAAGUUGUGGAGAAGUACAGAUCAGGGUUGGGUUAUAAAAAAAUCAGAAUUGAAGGAAUGAUGGAUGGCGCUAAAUACAGGGAAAUUCUUGAGGGAAACCUGUUUCAGUCUUCCAGAGAUUUGAGACUGGGACGGAGGUUCACCUUCCAGCAGGACAAUGACUCUAAGCAUACUGCUAAAGCAACACUCGAGUGGUUUAAGGGGAAACAUUUAAAUGUGCAAAUAUUGUACAAUCCAGGUGUGCAAAGCUCUUAGACACACAGAAAGACUCACGGCUGUAAUCGCGGCCAAAGGUGAUUCUAACAUGUAUUGUCUCAAGGGUGUGAAUACUUAUGUGAAUUAAAUAUUUCUGUAUUUCAUUUGUAAUACAUUUGCAAAAAUUGAUAAAAAAAACAUGUGUUCACUUCGUCAUUAUGGGAUAUUGUGUGUAGAUGAGUGAGAAAAAAACAUAUUUAACCCAUUUUGAAUUCAGGCUGUAACACAACAAAAUGUGGAAUAAGUCAAAGGGUAUGUAUACUUUCUGGAGGCACUGUAUUUGACCCCUUAACAAUACUCAGCAAAGUCUAUUUAAACCAUAACCCUUGGCAUUGUGACUGUAGGAUGGUCCCACUCUUCAAUUGGAUGAAGGCAAACCCUGGAAAGAUCAAGUCUACAUCUCCUGAGAUCUGUGAUUGUAAAGGGGAUUCAGGUGAAGAAAAGAGAAGAGCAGUCACCGAUACAGCAUAGUCAAUCAUAAAUCAAUUCAUUUUAAUACAAGUUGCAACAGGGAGACACCUCCCACACAGAAGCAGAGAAAAUGUCUAACUGGCCUCCUCUGAGAAGGCACAUACUGUAUAUAUUAAUCAGACGGUACCAAAUGUUAUGUAAACAGCAGCCCGAGAGGUUGGGAGGACGUCACAAUAUCAGCGGCUACAGAAUCACACUGUGUUACAGAUACAUUAUCAGUGUGCCCUCGGCUCAGUGUACCUUGUCUGACGUCAAUCACCAUCAACAGAUAUGAGUUUAAUACAUAGCAUACGGCAUCGAGUCUAGUGACCAUCAACCCGUGACACAAAUGGAUGUCACAAAUAGAACAUGUGUAUUACAGAAAGGGAAACAUAUAAAUAUGCUAAGCAUUGUGUUAAUUACUCCUAACGGAAUAUGACCAUUUAUUAGUCUUAAAUAUUACCCAUUACAGUGACCAAUCGGAGGAUUUAAAGAAACAAUGUAUCUCACUGAGAACCAGCUCAUAUUUCCCACCUCACCUCCAACCACUGUCCCUUUACCUACCACCACUGUCAGCACUACAACCAUUCCCACGACAACCACAAUAACCACCACCACCACCACAGCACUCACCACAACCCAGACAACCACACCACUGACAUCCACCAUGCCCACUAUUAUUCACAACAACAUCGCCAACCACUCAGCCAACUACAGUUCUCACCACUACUCAAACAACCACACUGUCCACUACCACACCAACAACGAUACAGCCUACAACUACUUGGCCAACUACAACUACUCUGCCAACUACGACCACUAUGCCAACGAGUAA